CAAAAUACGACGCGACAAAGACACUGGAGAAGCUAGUUGAGCGGUUUUUUUUUUCCAUUGGUUAUUUUGGCUGUGGAGAGCAAUACAGACUAUUGUGAUUUUCAUAUUUUGAUCAACCGCAGAAUCGGAUUUCUUUGUAUACCAUGCCACCGAAAACGGCCAAGACGCAACAGCCGCCCAUGACGCAGGCUCAGGAAGAAGAAAUGAGUUCUGCCCUCAUUGCGCAAUUGUUGGCCGAAGACGCGAUGGGUUCUGGUCACGGCGAUUAUUAUGCCGAAUAUAGUAAUGAUGCCAAUGGUUAUGAUAUGUAUCACAUGAAAGAAGAUAACGACGGCAGCUAUGAGGAAGAUAGCGAGGAUGAUUUCUCUCCCAAAAGAGGCGCCGCCGGCAGAGGCAGAGGACGCGGUCGUCCCAAAAAAUCAGAUACCGUGAGAGCCGCUCCAGGAAAACGCGGUAGGAAACGAAAGACGCCCGAGGAACAAGCCACGAAUCCCCAACCAGUACCUACCACAGAAACAACUGAAUCGAAUGACAUGACCACAGAAAACACUUUAACUGCAGCAGUCACUCCAACCGACAGCAAACCCACGUCCAAAAAGCCACGAAAACCAGUGCCUGAAGGGUUCAACACGGGCGUCUACACCGCUGAAGAAGAGGAACGAUUUCUCACUGGUUUGGACAUGUAUGGCCGCGACUGGGGAAAGCUUGCUGCUCAUAUUGCUACGCGAGAUCCCAAUUCGAUCCGCAGCCAUGCUCAGAAACACUUUAUCAAGCUAUUCCGUGAUAAUGUGCCAUUACCCGAUAAGGUGAGAGAAAGUGGCGCCGGAUACACACUGUCGGGCAAACCGCUCGAUCCCAAUUCGGCUGCUGCCAAACCCUACCUGAUCCGACUCGGAUACAACCCUGCAGCCACAACUACAUCAGACAAUAAAGUUGCCAAGACUGAACCUGCCGUUCCGACCCAAGAUACAAUCACAAACGACUUGAAGAUCGGUACCGAGCAACCCAACUCUGUUGACGCCAACCCUGCUCCCUCUACCGACCCAUCCACUACUGACGCAUUAACCGCCGUACCGGUCAAAACCGACCCUGUCACAUCUAUUGGAGCGGUGAGCCCUGCCGUCAACGAAAAAACUAAAGAGAAAUCACGCAGCACCACCCCGGAGAAAUCAGAAUCGCCGUUGCCACGUCCUUUAACAAGUCAGGCCAGUAGUUAUGAUGAGAAUGGGCGAACCAAUUACUCCAAAUCACGACUACGGCGUCCUCGAGACCGUGCUUCCAUCGCGUAUAAUCAAAUCAACAAGGACGAUGAUCCGUUGACAAUGGUAAAAUGUGAACCGUUCAUGGGCAAGCCUGGUUCGAAUGUCAGUGGAUCUCAACCUUUUGAAAUGGAGGUUCAUUCUAAUGCGUUGCUGGCGAUGGAUUUCCACGCGCACUUGAUGACGACGGAAAUUAUUGGAUUUCUCGCCGGUGAAUGGGACCGCACCCAAAGAAAAAUGUAUAUCAAGGAAGCGUUUCCAUGCCGGUCAUUGAAUACGGGACAGAAUGACGUGAACGUGGAAAUGGACCCCAACAGCGCGUUGGAAACACGUCAGCUCAUUGAAGACAAGAACAUGACCGUCGUAGGAUGGUAUCAUUCGCAUCCCACCUUUAUUCCAGAUCCCAGUCUCGUCGAUAUUCAGAACCAAAAGAAUUACCAGAUGUUGUGUCGAGAAGAAUGCUCACACAUGGAUCAUCACCGAAUAGAACCUUUUGUCGGCGCCAUCGUUGGACCCUAUGAUCCUCGAUUACCAGGUUCAGCAUCAGUUAUCAAUUGGUUCUACGUUGGCAAUACCUGGGAAGAUCGAGCGAUACCGAAGCGACUCAUUUACGAACUUAUUGAUGACGAUCAUGUACCUGAACCUGUAGCUGACCGUCUGUUCCAAUUAUUGGAUGUAUACAAGCACUCUCCGGAAAAGGUGGAUUUUGCUGAUUUUUGGCGUCAGGAUGCAUCGGAAAGCAAACUGAAAAAGUUGAUUAAAAGUUUGGCGAGUCGCAUGCCGUGGAUUCAAAAGAAACUGACUCUUGUGCAAUCAUCAUCCACAGAAGACGAACAGCAAGAACAGCAACCGCAACAGCAGCAGGACCAGCAGGAACAGGAACCAUCGCAGCCUGUGACCGAUGCUUUCUUAGAACAAGUGCAAAAGAAACUAACAGGAUGGUGAUAGCACAACCGCAGCGCGCAAUAAUAAAGAAAAAGACUCUACAUGCAUGCAAUUUUUGCCGGACCUAACAUUUUUUGUCUGAUAAAUUG